GCCGGCUCGCUCAUCUCCGGUCGCAGCGCCGCUCAGGCUCGGUCCCUCUCCCUCAGCGCAGAUCUUCUGCUCCUUCCCCCACUCGCGCUCAGGCUCGGUCUCUUCCGCGCGUCGGCGGCUCCCCCUCGGCGGCGUCCAGCGACGGAGGGGCAGUCCCAGGCUCGGCGGCGGCGUCGGCGGCUCCCCCCCCACCUUCUCUCGCCAGUCGCCUCGCGCCCUCGCCUGCGUCCUCCGCGCACCGGCCGACGACCCUGCGUACGCACCUCCCUCUCCCCUCCCGCCGCUGCUGUUCCCGUGGGAGCCCGGCCAGCUGCCCAGGGUGGCCGGGCCUUGGCUGCGCCGGUGCUAUGGAGGGAGAAAGGACGGAAGGCGACGAGCUGAUUGCCGAUUAUGUGGAUUGCCUCAUGUCUCUGGACACCAACGCUCGGCCUGUCCACAGCGACGGUCUCAUCCUCGGUGCUGCAGUCGGGGCCGGAACAGAGGCAGAUGCCAUGAGAGAUUUCCCCUCAGCUGAGGGGGACCCCAAUGAGCCUAUGCUCGGCAUGACAUUCGAGUCCGACGAGGCUGCCAAGGCGUUCUACAACGAGUACGCCAGGCGGCUCGGCUUCCCCUUCCGCGUCGGCAGGUCUAGGCGGUCCAAGGGCACGGAGGAGGUUGUCGUCAUGAAGAGGUUCGUUUGCUCCAGGGAAGGGAUGUACAAGAAGAAACAGACCUCGCCGGAGGAUGCGACGAGGAAGCGUGAGAGGAUGUCAAUGCGGGAAGGUUGCAACGCUAUGAUGGAGGUGGUUCGGGAGGUGGACCAUUGGGUUGUCUCCAAGCUUGAGAAGGCUCACAACCAUGAUCUUGGCACUUGUAGUGCCAAGGUUGGGUACCUUCGUGCGAGAGGCUUGCUUGGUGGCGGCUCUGAUAAGGCCACGGCCACGAUAGUGGGGCCUGACGAGAUGGCGUUUCUUAGGCAGAAUGUCCUUGGGGAAGGAGGGGACGCUCAGGGCCUUCUUGAUUAUCUCAAGAAGAUGCAAGCCAAUGACCCUGCGUUCUGCCAUGCUAUACAGGUUGACAAGAAUGGCUGCGUGGUGAAUGUUUUCUGGGCUGAUGCUAGGGCCAAAGCAGCUUAUCGACAUUUUGGGGAUGCUGUAACGUUCGACACGACGUACAAGAAGAACAAGUAUAUGAUGCCCUUUGUUACUUUCUCAGGAGUCAACCAUCAUCUGCAGCCUGUUAUUUUUGGAUGUGCGUUGCUUAUGGAAGAGACUGAGUUCUCGUUUAUAUGGCUAUUUGAAACAUGGUUAGCGGCAAUGGGAGGUAAGGCGCCAUGCUCGUUGGUCACUGACCAAAACAGGGCCAUGAAGGCUGCAAUUGGGAAGGUUUUUUCAAAUUCCUGUCACCGUUUCUGUAAGUGGAAUAUUUUGAGUAGAACCAAGCAAAAACUGACCCAUCCAUACUCAGAGCAUCCAACCCUGAGAGACGAGCUUGAAAGCUGUGUUCUUGAGACUGAAACCAUCUCGACAUUCGAAACAACCUGGAUGUCAAUCAUUGAUAGAUAUGACUUGAGAAAGAAUUCAUGGCUUCAAGCAAUAUACAAUAUCCGCCAAAAGUGGGUUCCUUUGUACCUGAUGGAUACAUUCUUUGCAGAAACAUCUCCUACAUGGAAAUUGGAAACCAUGAAUGAUUUCUAUAAGAAAUAUUUCAAUACAAAAACAACGCUUGAAGUUUUUCUUAAUCAGUUUGAUUUGAGCUUGGCAAGCCGGUACGAGGAUGAAGCAAAAGCAGAUAUGGAUGCCUACUUAAAUAAGGCAACUACAAAAACUGCAUCGCUAAUAGAAAAACAGGCAGCAAGCACCUAUACCAAAGCAGUCUUCAGUAAGUUUCAAGAGGAAUUUACAGAGUCUCUAGGGUUUAUCAUUCAGAAAACCAAAGACGGCUGCAUAAGUGAAUACAGCAUCACAAAAGAUGAAGAUCCAUCAGACACAUUCUACGUGACCUACAAUGCUUCCAAUAAGAUGGCAAACUGUAGUUGCAAGCACUUUGAAUUCUCAGGUAUUUUGUGCCGUCAUAUUCUUGGAGUAUACAUAAUAGUUGAUCCACGAACACUUCCAACUCAAUAUUUUAUGAAACGUUGGACAAUGAAGGCAAGAGAUGAUGAUGCUUUGUUAGAAGAUAAUAACAACAGUACUCAUGAUGAGGAUGCGUCUCAGUCCACCACAAGCCGCUACAAUGCCCUAUGUGCUGAUGCCAUCAGAUGUGCUGAGAAAGGAGCUGGAUCGGAGGCAGUCUACAAAGCAGCAAAAGAUAUCUUACAGAAGGCAUAUGAAGAGAUUAUUGCUUAUGAAAGAAAUCCUGGCCGGGGAUCUCAAAGGGAUGCUAUAAACAUCAACGAGGUUGUCACGGUAGAUGAUGCAAUAAAUGACCAAUCUAUGCCAGAUUCUGGACGAAAGGUUACUAAUCUACUAGGCCAGUUUCUUGACUCCACUUGGUCUCCUGUCUAAUCAUGUUUUUAUCAUCUCUUUGGAGAUGGAAAUGUGAUUUAGCAGCAUUAUCAGCUGUCAUGAUCGGCAUGCAAUAUCUAUUUUGGAUCGGGUAGCAGAGAACAGCUCAACAACAUUUGGACAUUUCAACAUGAAAUGAUUUCCAUGAGAUGGAGACCAGGACAGUUUAGUUUGAAGAUGCUGGAUUAUUUCUGUGAUGAUGAAGUCAUUGUCACUUCAAUAGACGUCCUGUAUGGCGCUGCCUGUAGCCAUUUAUGGCUGAAGCUACUGAAGAACAUUGCAGGUAACUGGGGUUUGAUAA